ACAGCUUUUGGGUUAGUGUGCUGCUGCUUCGGCAGCUCCUGCUGCUUCGACAGCUUUUGGGUUUGUAUCACAAGCUCAAAAUGGAAAAAUUAAAAGGAAUUCUGGGAAAAGAUGUACCUAUCCCACGAAUAUCCCCAUUGGGAUGUUUGCUAACGCAUUGGAAAGAGGGAGGUUUUGGUCAAGAGAUGCGGAAAGGAAAACUGAUUGAUUAUUGUAAUAUUUGGUGGCCACAGUAUAAACUAGAGGACCAAGAAACUUGGCCUGAGAAUGGAACAUUGCAAUAUAAUACAAUUUUACAAUUAAUGCUAUUUUGCAAGCAGGAAGGAAAAUAUGAUGAACUCCCGUAUGUGGAACUAUUCUUUUAUUUACGCCGAAAGCCUGAAUGGCAGCAUGCUUGUGGAAUAAUGGUGUUUGAAGUUCCGACCGAGGAACGUUGCUGUGCAUGUACUAAGGAAGGGCGCUGUAUGCAGCAUCAGGCAAUAGAGAAUAAUAAGUAUUAUGGGGAAAUGAAUAAUGGAAAUAUUGAUCUGGAAGUUGCGCCGUCGGCUCCAGAAGAGCCAGGACAGGGAGAGAAAAGGGAGAAUGAAGACAGCAGCAGUGAUGGAGAACCCCCGACUUUAGUCUCCCCUGUGUCACACAGGACUCAGCAACAGCGGAGGGCAGGGGAAACUAUAAACGAACAGAAAGGGAAAAAAAUCGCUCCCCUCAGACAGGGAGUGGGGACAGAAGGACCGGUAUACGUUAAGGUGCCUUUUUCGGCUGGGGAUUUAAUGAUAUGGAAACAAGCAGCUGGCACCUAUAGAGAAAACCCAGAUAAAGUAGCCAGGGUAAUGAAAAUGAUAAUUAAAAACCAAAAUCCCGAUUGGGAUGAUCUUCAGGUGAUCCUGGAUACUUUAAUGGACUCGACAGAAAAAGACUUGGUAUUGCGGGCAGCUAGAGAGAGAGCCCGAGAGGAUAUACGAAACGGAUUAGUGCCUGGAAAUUUGGAUCAAAACUUCCCCACUGAGGAUCCCCAAUGGGAUUAUAACACAGGGGAUGGAAUAAGGAGGCUGAAGAGAUAUCAAGAUUGGAUACAAGUCGGGAUACAGAAUGCCAUGCCCCAGACCAUAAAUUGGUCAAAAUUGUAUAAUGUCAGGCAAGAAAAAACAGAAUCACCUUCCGCCUUUUUGGAGAGAUUAAAAGAAACUAAAGAGCCCCUAGCAAAAAUUCAAAUAGGAAAUAAGGAAGUAAAAUUUUUAAUUGAUACAGGGGCCGCAUAUUCAGUACUCAACAAAUUAAGUGGUAAGAUAGGGGAAAGGAAAACUACUAUUAUAGGUGCCACCGGGAAAGAGGAAAUAUGGCCGUUCUUACAACCCCUUGAUUUACGGUUUGGAGGUAAAGAAAUUACGCAUGAAUUUUUAUAUGUACCAGAAUGCCCUAUUCCUCUUUUGGGACGGGAUCUGUUAACUAAACUAAACGCUACCAUAACGUUUGACGAUGGAGAAUUGAUUAUGAGAAUCCCGGAAUCAAAAGUGGGACAAAUAUUGAUGAUUAAAGAGAAGGCUGUUCCUCAUAUACCAAAGGAGGUAGAAAAUGCAGUAAUACCUACGAUUUGGGAAACAGAUGUACCCGGAAAAUCGAAAGUAGCCCAGCCAGUAAAAAUUGAACUUAAGGAAGGGGCCCGACCAGUACGGAUUAAACAGUACCCGUUGAAGUUAGAGGCUAGGCUAGGAAUAGUAAAGAUUAUAGAUAAAUUUCUUAGCUACCGCAUUCUGGAAGAAUGCAAGUCUGAACAUACCCCAAUUUUCCCAGUAAAGAAACCUAAUGGGGAAUACAGACUAGUGCAGGACCUUAGGGCAAUAAAUGAAAUAACAAAAGACAUUCACCCAGUGGUGGCUAAUCCUUAUACAUUGUUAACAUCUGUAAAAGAGAAAUAUAAGUGGUUUACGGUAAUAGAUUUAAAAGAUGCCUUCUUCUGCGUACCCAUUGACAAGGAUAGUAGAAAACUCUUUGCUUUUGAAUGGGAAAAUCCACGAAACGGACGAAAAAUGCAACUGACCUGGACAAGGUUACCUCAAGGAUUCAAGAACAGCCCGACCCUCUUCGGCAGUCAAUUAGCUAAAGAAGUAGAAGAUUGGAUCAACCAAGGACAAAUUCAGGUACCAAGGGAUCAAUACUUGCUAUUACAAUAUGUGGACGAUAUACUAAUAGCUACCGAAGGAGAGUCAGAAUGUAUUCAGGUAACUAUUGAUAUUUUGAAUCAACUAGGACUAAAUGGAUACAAGGUUUCUAAACAAAAGGCACAAAUCGCGUGCACAACAGUAAUUUAUUUGGGAUGUGAAAUUUCUCAAGGACAAAGAAAACUGGGAGUUAACCGAAUACAAGCUAUUUGUGAAAUCCCCGAGCCGCGAAAUUUGCAUGAACUACGGGCUUUCCUAGGUAUGGCCGGGUGGUGCAGACUGUGGGUAAUGGACUAUGGACUCAUAGCAAAGCCCCUUUAUGAAACCCAAAAGGCCUGUACAUUUACCUGGGGAAAGCCGCAACAAGAGGCCUUUAAGAAAUUAAAGGAAGCCCUGAUGAAGGCGCCUGCCUUGGGUUUGCCGGACCUAUCAAAGGACUUUCAACUGUUUGUGCAUGAGAGACAACGAUUGGCAUUAGGAGUACUGACCCAGCGACUUGGGAGCUGGAAAAGACCUGUGGGGUAUUUUUCUAAACAAUUGGAUGCAGUCAGUGCUGGAUGGCCCUCGUGUUUAAGGGCCGUGGCAGCCACAGUCCUUUUGAUACAGGAAGCCAGGAAGCUCACAUUAGGAAAAUGAAUUGAGGUGUUCGUGCCACAUAUGGUGACUACGGUAUUGGAGCAAAAGGGGGGCCAUUGGCUGUCACCCAGCCGAAUGAUGAAAUAUCAAGCCAUACUAACUGAGCAAGAUGAUGUAAUUCUAAAAACCACUAACCUAUUGAACCCAGCAGUGUUUCUAGGAACAACUAUGGAGGAAGGAGACCUCAGUCAUGAUUGUGUGGAAACCAUCGAACAUACCUAUGCCAGCAGGACAGACUUAAAGGACCAACCUCUGGAGAAACCGGAUUGGGAACUUUUCACGGAUGGAAGCAGCUUUGUGGAAAACGGAACUCACUAUGCAGGAUACGCGGUAACUACAUCAAAGGUAAUGAUUGAGGCAAACUCCCUACCUCCGGGAACUUCAGCCCAACGAGCAGAAAUAAUUGCUCUGACACGAGCCCUGGAACUAAGCGAGGGUAAGAAUGUGAAUAUAUGGACAGAUUCAAAAUAUGCAUUUGGAGUAGUUCAUGUACAUGGGGCAUUAUGGAAAGAAAGGGGAAUGCUAUCCUCACAAGGGACUAAUAUAAAAUACCAAGAAGAAAUAUUGAAAUUAAUAACAGCUGUACAGAAACCCCAACAGGUAGCUAUAAUGCAUUGUAAAGCCCAUCAAGGAGGGGCGUCAGAGAUUGCAGAAGGAAACAAACUGGCAGAUUUGACGGCCCAGAAGGUUGCACGCGAAGUAUGGAAAGUAAUGGCUCUAAUUCCAUCAAAGGUAGGCCUUUUUUGUUCUAAUUUACCUAAAGACCCAAAGUAUUCGGCAGAAGAUGAGAGACUUGCGAAUUUGAUGAAGGCUCGGAAGAAUUCUGACAGAUGGUAUGUGACUAUGACAGGGCAAGUCAUAGUGCCUCCUGUAGUAAUGCGAGAAAUCUUACAAACAAAACAUAACGAGUGUCACUGGGGUGCAGAAGCAAUGGUGACUUAUUUGAAAUGGGGUGUCAUCUCGGUACACAUGUUAACAAUGGCAAAGUCAGUAAUGUCGAAGUGCAAGCUUUGCUUAAAGAAUAAUCCGGUAGCAAGGAAACAUGCUGAGAUGGGAAGAACUAGGACUGGGAUAGAGCCUGGAGAUUACUGGCAAAUUGACUUCAUGGAAUUACCUAAAGCAAGAGGCUACAAAUACCUAUUGGUAGGGGUUGAUACUUUUUCAGGAUGGCCGGAGGCCCUUCCCUGUCGCACCAACCAAGCAAAGGAAACGGUAAAAUGGUUACUACAGGAAAUAAUCCCUAGAUUUGGUGUACCGUUGGGUAUUUCUUCAGACAAGGGACCACAUUUUAUUGCCAAUGUGGUUAAGGAGGUUAGUAGGUUACUGGGAAUCACCCAGAACACCCUGUCCCUUUUACUCCACCCCCGCCUUAUAGUACUAGCACUAAUAAGUAGGCAUGGAGGUAUCAAUAAGAGAGUAGAUUAA